AUGGAUAAGCCAGUCGGCGGAAGACCUGUGACGACAAAUACCGAUCAAAUCAUGGAAAACAUCGAGAUAGACCGGCAUCGAUCCCGUGACAUCGCCGAGGAGAUAGAAGUUAGUCACCAAACCGUUUUAAACCAUCUGCAGAAGGCUGGAUACAAAAAAAAAGCUGGAUCGGAUGGACGAAAAAUGGAUCACAUACGACAAUUGUCCAAAACAGUGGCCAAGCCGGGAUUAACGGCCAAGAAAGUUUUGCUCUGUGUUUGGUGGGAUUGGAAGGGAAUCAUACACUAUGAGCUGCUUUCAUAUGGUCAGACGCUUAAUUCUACAAUCUACUGCGAACAACUGGACCGCUUGAAGCUGGCGAUCGUCCAGAGCGACCAGAAUUCCAACAGGAAGGGGGUAGUGUUUCACCAGGACAACGCCAGACCACACACUUCUUUAAUGACUCGUCAAAAGCUACGGGAGCUUGGAUGGGAGAUAUUAUCGCAUCCACCAUAUGGGCCGGACAAAGCGCCAAGUGACUGUUCCUGUCUAUGGCGAAUGCCCUUACUGGUGUAA